AUAUUUAAUUAAGGGGUGAUAAAUAUGGCUGAGAAAAUACCUAAAAUAGGUAGCAGAGUUGAAAUUGUGGGUAAAGAUGUUAAAGGUAAAGUUGCAUUUGUUGGUAACACAAACUUUUCUUCUGGGAAGUGGUUUGGAGUUAUAUUAGAUGAACCAAAAGGAAAAAAUAAUGGUUGUGUUCAGGGCAAAGCUUAUUUCACUUGUCCCGAUAAUUAUGGGAUAUUUGUUCGUCAGACUCAACUUCUAGUUCUUGAUGAGGACAUUGGAAGUAAGGGUAGGGCAUCGUCAUCACCAUCAACUGGUUCUAUGGAAAACAUAUCAUCAGUAAAAGAGGCUCCAGAAAAACGACGAAAAUCUUCUUUCACUACAAAUAUUCCUAAAUUUCCUACUGAUAAAGGAGCAAAAGAUGCAGCAAAUAUGGCUGAAGCACCUUCUCAUGGUUCUUCAUCUAGUUCAUUAAAAAGUUCGAUGAUUGAAGAGAAUGCAUCAGAGAAUUCUGCUGACAUUUUAUCUAUCAAAAAUGCUGCUAGUACACUAGAAUUCAAAGGUUUACUUCUCCAGAAAGAUCAAGAAAUUGAUAGUCUUAAAAAUGAAAUCAAAGAUCUGAAUGAAAAAAUUGAAACUUUGAAAAUCAAGCGCCUUGAAGACCAGUCUAAAAUAAAAGAAGCUGAGAAAACAAAAAUUCAGGUGCAGCAGCUUCUGGAAUAUAAGGCAAAAAUAACGGAAGUACAGGCUGAUCUUCAGAGGCAACUAACGCAAGCAAAAAAAGAAGCGAAAGAUGCAAUUGAAGCAAAAGAACAACAUGCAGAAGAAAUGUCAGAUUUAGCUGAAGCUAUGGAAUUAGCAACAUUAGAUAAAGAAAUGGCCGAAGAAAAAUGUGAAACUCUGCAAGCAGAAUUGGAACAAACUAAAGAAAAACUUGAAGAAUUGCAAAUAGAUUAUGAAAUUUUAAAAACUGAAAUGUCGGAUAAAGGAGGUGAUGGAACUGCAACAUUGUAUCAAGUGAAACAAUUAGAGCAGCAGAAUGAGAGAUUGAAGGAAGCUCUUGUUAAAAUGAGAGAUUUAUCUGCUCAUGAAAAGCAAGAAUAUCAAAGAACUCAGAAAGAACUUGAUCAAGCAAAAUCAGAGAUUAGCGAACUUAGUCGUGCUAAGGAAAAAUUAAGUCUGUUAGUUGAUGAUUAUGAAAAACAACUUGGUGAGUUGAAAGAACAAGUUGAUGCAGCCCUUGGAUCUGAAGAAAUGAUUGAACUUUUAACUGAGAGAAAUUUGGCAUUAGAAGACAGAGUGCGAGAGCUUCAAGUUCUAGUUGAUGAUUUGGAACGAUUACAGGAUGUUAAUGAUCAGUUACAAGAAACAGCUAAGGAAACUGAACUAGAACUUCGUGAAGAAGUUGAUAUGUUAAAUGCUAAAAUUAUUGAAGGUCAAAGGAAAUUAGAAGCUACUCAGGAAGCAAUUGCAGAUUAUGAGCAAACUAUUCAAAAGUUCCGUGAUCAGACAGAGCAGCUGCGAGAGACUAAUCAUGAACUUCAAAUGCAAUUGCAGAAGGAAUCUGAUAGAGUUGCUAUGUCUAAACCAGUUGAGUAUUUUGAUUUUAAGGUCAAAUAUGCAGAAACGAAAGCUUUUGCUCGAGCUGUAGAAAUGGAUUUGAGAAGGUUAGAAGUGCAAGAAGCUACUCAGCAUGUCAACUAUUUAUGUGCUUUCAUGCCUGAUAAUUUCCUCUGCCGUGGUUCUGAUCAUGAUGCAAUUUUAGUGCUUUUGCUUAUUCCUAGAAUGAUAACAAAAGCUGAAAUUUUAUCAUCACAAAUAAAAGAAAAAUUCCCUUGUCCUGAAGAAAUAUCUAAAGAUACUGUACUUAAGAGUCAUAAAAUUGAUCAGUAUUCAUUUGCCAAUCGUUUAUUAUAUCAGCUCUACUUUUUACAGUCACUUUUGCAUCAGUAUUCUAGUGCUCUUAACCAUUGCAACGUGGAAUUAUUUAUGAAGAUUGGCACACUGUAUAUGGAAAUGGCUGUACAAGAAAAAGCUCUCGAUUUUUAUAUUGAUUUAUUAAGAAAAGAUCAGUUGGAUGAAAAUGUUAACCUUGAUGCUCUAAUUAAAUCUGUUAUGUAUUUCUAUAAUCUUUAUAGUGUGCAUUUAUCUUCAGAGACUGUUGAUUGUACUUCACUUAUGGCAGAUCACAUGAAACUAAUCGGAGCUGCUUGUGAAUCUAUUCAUACUGAUAUUUCUUCAGUAAAAGUUCUGUUGGACAAUUCUGGUGAAAGUAGUGAAUUUGGAAUUUUACUAAGAGAUGUUUGUACGUAUUCAGACGACGUGCGUCAGUUUGUGAAAAAAAUUCGAAGACGACUGCCUGCAGAUAACAGUACAUCUGUUUUGCAUUUUCCUGCUGAAAUUUUAGAACAACUCAAUCAUUGUAGAGAAAAUAUUGGACAAGUCAUGACAGCUGCCUUCUAUUUAAGAAAAUCUGCUGUGCAACAAACUUCCAUGUCAGGGGAUGCUGUCCAUGUUAGUAUGGAAAAGAUAAAAGAACUUGCUCAUGAAUCUACUGACAAAGCUUAUGGCAAGGAUGACAGUGGGCCGGAAUGUAUGCGUCAAUCAAUGAAUACUCUUAUGACAUACAUGAAUAAAUUGUCAAGUGCUAUGCAAGAAGGUGAAUAUGAAAUUGAUCGUUCGAGUGUUGAAAAAGGAAACCCGCCUGUUUAUCUGCGGGCACAAGCCAUUAAAGAAGAAGCAAGAGAUUUAGAAAAUUUAAAAUUCAAGUUGGAGGCUCGAGAGGGUGAUAUUUUUGAGCUGAAGAAAGCUCUUAAAAUGAAGAGUGAUGAGUUAAGCGAGAUGCAUGUUCGAAAAGAAAUGGCAGAAAAGAAAUUAGAAAUAGCAACAAAAGACAGUGAUGAGAGAGUUGAACGUAUUCAGAGACAGCUAGAUGAAGCAAAAAUGCUUCUUAAGAAAAAAGAAAAGGAAUUUGAAGAAACUCUUGAUCAUCUGCAAGCAGAUAUUGAUGCUUUAGAAACAGAAAGAGGGGAACUGAAAGACAAAAUUAAAUUAAUUUCUAAAAAGGUUAUACUAGAAGGUUUAUCAAAAACUACAUCUUUAGCUAACUUGGUUGCUUCUCCUACAAGUCCUACAGUACCAGGUUCAGCACCAUCAAAUAUUGUUAUGUCUCGUGAUAGCUCCUUGUUAUCGCAGCAAGUCCAAGAUCUGCAGUUAACGGUGAAGCAUUUAAAGAACGAAAAUAUAAGAUUGCAAACUGCUCGCAUGUUGAAGCAACUGGAAAACUUACCAUCUCUGAAAACUCCUACUAAACCUAUAGGUUUUGCAAGUACAACUGGAUUUAUGAAUAUGGUAGAGCUUUCUGAAGCAGACAGCACACCAUCAGAAAACAUUGUUGCAUUGUCAAAGAAGUCAAAAGACCUUUUAGGAAAAGCACAGAAUUUGUGUUGUCCUCUGGUAGUAGAUAUUAGUCAUCGUAAACCAGGUACACAACCAACGAUUGAUAAAAUGGCAGCUAAAUAUCACCUUGUUGAAUCUGCAUCAAAACUGAAAAUUCUACAGAAUGAAGCAGAAAAAUUAAAGGUAGAAAUAGCUAACUUAAAAGCUGCCCAGAAACAGGGCACACAAAUAAAUGCAGACUUUUCUGCAUUUCCAAUACCAACAUUUUCAAAGGUUUCUCCAGAUAAUAAGCAACUAGUUGCAAGAAUUGCCAUUCCUCAGAAAUGCAGUUCUGGUGAGAAAAUAGUUAUUCCUCUCAUGCUCAGUAACAUGAGCACAUUAAAUCAUCUGCAUUCUACAGUUAUAUCCUGAUAUGCUUAAGGUGCCUUAGACAAAGUGUGCUUCAGUAACAAGAAACAGCUUUGCUAAUUUAUAAAAUUUGUCAAACUAUUUAUUAAUUUAUUUUUGCUUUUAAAUUUCAUGUUAGCAAUAUAGUGGCUAAAUAAAAAAAAAAAAAAGUGCAAUUUCCAUAAUGGCCCCAUGUAAAGGUUAAUUUUCCGUAUGGAUAUUGCAUGUGCCCUAUCACAGUGUGAAAAAUCAAAAGUAUAAUUGCUUCAGAGCUUCCUGUAGUAAUUUGUACUACCAACUGUUUUGAACUCCAUUAAUUAACAUUUUUAAAAUAUACUUUAAGCAUUUGUUGUGAUUGUUAUUGUAGCAGUAGCAUUACAAAUUAUUAAUUAUUCUGUUUAAUCAAACUUGUUUAGAAUGCCAAAAAUCAGAAUAUCAUUCAAGGAACAUUGAAAAACAAAAUCUAUUAUUAUACCUAAGAUGAUUUUAUAAGUUGUAUUACUAAUUAAGAAAGAAAUGUUCUUAUUAAUUUAAAUAAAAUUUGAUGAUAUUAGUCUGUAUUUCUAGUAAUUUUUUACUUCUUCAGUGAGUGACAAAUUAAAUCAUUGAAAUAUAAAUAAUUAAAAAGAUAUAACUGCUUAAUAACUAUAGAAAUAUAGCUUUUUUAAUUGAAAGUAAACUAUCAUCUCAGCAUCUGACUGAAAAAUAUUCUUUUGGGAAAAUUCUUUUAAACACAAUUAGAUUAGAAUAUUAUAUUUUAGAAAAAGAUAGUGCUUAUUUCUGAAAUGAAAUAAAUAAAUCUGAACAAAAGAGAAAAUUUAUUGAAUGAAAAUUUGAAAUUUAAAGGAGCAGCUUUCACUGAUUUAUUUUAUGAUUUACCAUUUUUGUUUAUGAGUGGCUUACCAUGAUAACAUAUCUCAAGUCUUGUAAAUUGUAUUAAGUGCAGCAUUGUAAAAGGAGACAAUAAGGCCAAGAACUGCUAGAGAGGUAUAUGUGUCUUGGUUUGAGCCAGAUAGUCCUUUGUGAAGGUGAAAGGGCAAAUAUUUUAUAUUGUUGAAAGAUGCAAAAUCAUGAAAUUGAUGGAAACAUAAAAAAGUGUGAAAAGUGAAAAUACCCAAAGCAAGUCUGUUUUAAAUUUUUCAAAAUUAUAUGUAAUUUGCUAAUUUUAUCACAGUUUAGUAUGAAUUGUCUUAUCUGAAGGAAAUAUGAUAUAUUUAUAGUUUAUGAGAUUUAAGAAAAAAUCAUGAAAAGUUUUCUGUUCAAAAACUUUUAAUUAAACAAGUUUUCUGUAAUUUUCAAAAUUUUAUCUUUAUGUACAAAAUCAUAUUCCUAUCUGUAAUUCUCUUAUUAUUGUUCAGAUGUGAUUUUUGUGAUGAUGAUUUUUGUGCUGAAUGUAUCUGAAUUAUUUAAAAUUUUUAUUUAUAUCGAAAUAUGCUGUGUGAAUGUGAUUUGAGGGAAGAGAUUCAGAUUCAGAUGCAUUUUAAUUUAUUUAUUUUGGAUAUGAUGCAAUACAGACCGGUCUUAUUUUUUUUAUUUAUUUAUUUAUUUUUUUUUUCUUUAAUGGUUUUGAACAAAAAUAAUUUUUUAUGUAUGUUUAGUUAUCUGUAUAUGAUAAUAUAAUCCAAAAUCAUUUUCAAGUUAAAUCAUGAGACAGUAAGAUAUCAAGCUUUGAUAAAUCUUAAUAGAACAGUUUAUAAUCUAAUGAGCUAUUUAAUUACCAUAGAUUAACUAAGUAUUCUCACUUUAUUUUAUUCUAUGUAGAUACAGUCAAAAGUCGUUAAUUCAGACACCCAUAAAUCCGGACCUCAACGCUAAAAACUUUCUGCACAUGCGCCACGUUGGCACAUGCACACGUACGUUUUUACGCGUGAGCGUAAGACCUUGACUACUGCGCAUAUGCGUGUGCGCAAGUGCAGAAUACGUUUUCGCCUGCGCGUUUAAUGUAUAACAGACGGUGUAAGCUAAAAUUAUCUAAUUAUCUAUUUCACUUAAUGUUAA